GGAAUGUUAGCGGGUGGGAGGUGCGGCUGGGUUGCUACAGCCAGAACUGGGCGGCGGCGGGCGCUGCGGGAGGAGUCUCGCUGAGCUCGGGGCGGUGGCGCAAUGGAGGGACUGGAAGAGAAUGGAGGUGUUGUCCAAGUUGGAGAAUUGUUACCUUGCAAGAUUUGUGGAAGAACAUUCUUUCCAGUAGCAUUAAAAAAACAUGGACCCAUUUGCCAGAAAACUGCUACUAAAAAACGGAAGACUUUUGAUUCAAGCAGACAGAGAGCUGAAGGAACUGAUAUUCCAACAGUGAAACCUCUCAAACCAAGGCCAGAACCACCAAAGAAACCAUCUAAUUGGAGAAGAAAACAUGAAGAAUUCAUUGCUACCAUAAGAGCAGCUAAAGGCCUUGAUCAGGCCCUCAAAGAGGGUGGCAAACUUCCUCCUCCUCCUCCACCUUCUUAUGAUCCUGAUUAUAUUCAGUGUCCAUAUUGUCAGAGGAGAUUCAAUGAAAAUGCAGCUGAUAGACAUAUAAAUUUCUGUAAAGAACAGGCAGCACGUAUUAGUAAUAAAGGCAAAUUUUCUACAGAUACCAAAGGAAAACCAACUUCUCGGACACAGUAUAAGCCACCCACACUUAAAAAGUCAAAUUCUCCUGGAACUGCAUCAUCAGGAUCUUCACGAUUACCGCAGCCAAGUGGCACUGGCAAAACUGUUGUAGGUGUGCCUUCAGGCAAAGUGUCUUCAAGUAGCAGCUCUUUGGGAAACAAACUUCAGACCUUAUCUCCCUCUCAUAAAGGGAUAGCAGCCCCUCAUGCAGGUAAUAUGGACAAGUUAGGCCCUCCACUUCGAACGGGAAGACUUGUGCAAAGGUUGUAUGACAGUGAUACAAAAUCAGACAGUGCCAUCAAAAGACAUGAGUUAUUACCUAUUUACAAAGCUAAUGUCAAACCUCGAAAUUCCACACCACCUAGUUUGGCAAGAAAUCCUGCCCCAGGUGUGCUUACAAACAAAAGAAAAACGUAUAAUGAGAGCUACAUAGCCAGGCCAGAUGGAGACUGUGCAUCUUCCGUUAAUGGUGGAAAUAUUAAAGGCAUUGAAGGAAAUUCACCUGGAAACUUACCAAAAUUCUGCCAUGAGUGUGGGACUAAAUACCCUGUAGAAUGGGCGAAGUUUUGCUGUGAAUGUGGCAUUCGAAGAAUGAUUCUAUGAAUAGAAUCUCAAAAAAAAAAAAAAAGCCAAGUUCAGAGUUUAUGAUGAUUGCUGCUUGGACAGCUAGAGCACAUCCUUUAGUUACUUUGUGCUAAAAAUACUCAAAAUACCAUUUCCAGUAAUUUUGGAGCAUCAUCUUUUGGCUAUAUAAUGUGUGUGUGUUUAUAUGUGUAUAUAUACUGUAUAUAAUAAAUAUCUGAUACCCCAGACUGUGUCAUUCAAGGAAAUACUUAUCUGUCAGAAAAUAAUUUCAAAUGGAACAAUUAAUUUAGGUGUUACUUUUCUGUUGUUAAAGCACAUUAAGUACAUUUCCACAAACUCUCAUACUCUAGUGCUUAGCCCUUCAGGCUUUAGGAUAAUUAUAACUUUCAGCAAAAAAUUUGAGUAAACAUUUGUAUUAUUGGUGCCUAUCUUCAGAUAGUAUCAUAGUAGGAUAGAUGCUGGGAAUUUUGUAAUUGAAGAGAACGGUUUUAGUUACCAUUAGGUGUGUAAGGUCACUCCUGUAGAGCAUGUCAACAAAUUAUUUUAUAAAUCUUAAAAACUAAGAGAAAAAAAAUCCUCUAUUAUGUAAUUUAAACAUCCUACUUGUUUUGUAAAAAUGUAAUUAUGCAAUUUCCUUUUCAAAAGCACAGGACUAAAAAUACAAAUCUAUCUUAUUCUAUUUAUAACAGAUUUUUUUUACUUCUGUAUGUAUGCGUUGAACAUAUUUUUUUACUUCCAAUUGUUUCUAGAUUUCACUUUUUUCUUCCUUUUCCAUAACCCAUGAAGAUAGUUUUAAUUUGCCAGUUCAUUUUUUGCUGUAUUUGAAAAUGAAUUAUUUACUAUAGAAGGCACUGAAUUCCCUGCAAAAUCUCACAUGUUUAAAAACAUGUAAUUGUAUCUGAAUUUAGAAUAAAUUAUGCUAAUGCAUCUUAAAACAAAUAACCUCACCUAAUCAUAAUAGUUAUGGUAACCUAAUCAUUAGUGCAGAGCAUGCAGAUAAAAAAUAUAUGAAAUUUUUUUUUUCUUGAAAGUAAAUGUAGUUAUGAGUAGGUUAAGAGAAUAUCUAAUUUUCCUACUCAUAUUUUCAUCUUUAGCGUUUAAUGUUGAAACACCAUUCACUUCACAAUAAGGACCCACUGAAAAUGUAUUGUUUUAAUGCAUAACUGACAUCUAAUUAAACAUACACACAAAUUUAAUUAUUUUUUCUCUUUAACCUGAUCACGACACAGCUCUUAACCAUUGUCACUUUCAGUAUAGCAUAGUAGUUAGUAGUAAAUUUCCUUGAUGGCAGUAAUUCUGUAGUAAUUUCUAUUCAAUCAAACCUAAGAGAGCUUUGGUCUUACUGUAAAGGUACAAGAAAUUUUUUUAUAUAAUUCCUAGCUUUUUGUUUAUGAUUCUGAUCAACUAUAAGACACAAUGUAAAGAUUUCUGGCUUAUAAUUUCUCUAAAACUUAUUAGCUUUGUUUAGUUUGGGCAGGAGUUAUAAACUUAAUAGGAAUUGUCAUUUUACUUACAGUUUCUUUCCUGAUUAGUUAUUUUUUUUUCCCCUCAGUUAUCUUUAUUCAGUCAUAUUGGUCAAAACAAACAAAUAGUCCAUCAACUAAAAUAAGCUGUAAUGAAUUUAGAAGACGAAUGCACAUAUUAGAUUUCCAUUUAAAUCACUUGUGUUACAAAUCGUACGAAGAACUUACAACUUUUUUUUAAAGUAUUUUUUUAAAACCACAAUUUUUUGUCUGUUCAAAGAAAGGUUAGAUACUUGGCACACAUUUGUUUCUCACUGAAUUUUACAGUAGUAAAUAAAUGUUAUAAUGUACCAUAAGGAGAUGAGUUAGUAAGAAAUCAUCUAGUUCCAGAGCCCAGAGAUUAUAAACAGUAGGUGAAAUAGAUUUAUGACUUACGAAAUAUGUUGUGACAAUAUAUUUAAAUGCAUUUUUACAUUACUUGCAUAUUCUCACAUUGAUUUGUGCAAUAGUUCAGUUUAAAAAAAAAACUUCCUGUGCAUCAUGUAUUUUAUUUUUAUUUAUUUUUACAAGUAUUUGACACUAUGGUAGAAUAAAAGAUGAUUGUAAGAUUAAAAGUGUAAAAAUUGCUUGUGUAUUCUGAAAUGUGUUAGGUUGAAAAAGUAAGAUGAUCGUGGUGACUUAUUUCUUGUCCACUAUAUGUUUGUUUUUUUUGUUUUCUCACCAAUAAUGUCUUCAUAUUUAAACCUAUUCAAUAAAGACAUGAAGCGUAAAAAUGCUA